UUUUUUCGCAUUUUUCCCAUGCAACGUGAACACAGCGUUGAUGUCGAUCCACGUUUCCCAUGAUGCAGUGCGGAAAAGAGACCCGGCGGGGGGGACAUUCAAAACUAUGGCAGAAGACUCGAAUACAUUUAAACCAACAUUAAACUCAAAAGGCACGGAAACUACGACCCUUAUUGACACCGCAGAUAAUAAGAUAACGCGGCGCCUGUCGUAUUCGUCAGAAAAAGAUGUUAGCACACUGGAGGAACCGAACAUGACAUGUAAAGUCCUAACGUUACAAAGUGUUCCCGACGACUCCAAUUCAUGCCGACCGUCUGCGGAAGUCGACGAACAACUCUCACCACAGGCCCUAAACGCGUGUUUAAAGACGACGAAUGUAAUGAAAUUGAAAGAAGUCUCCUCUGAACAUGUGCUAAGUUCAAAACAGCAUUCUGUGAACAACGCGGACAAAGAAAACACCGAUGUACCCUCGACAACCAGCACUCAAGGUUUAGAUAACACCCAAGAAGAGGACACUUCUGGUCAGAGAAGUAGUAAACCACAUCGUAAGACAGAGGACAAUUCUGAGGUGAUGAAAAGAGCGCGGGACGAAGGCCGCGUGAACGUGGUUUUCCCUGGCACUGUAACUCAGGAAGGCUCCUGCCGCUUUGUCAGCGAGAUCCUCAAGUGCAUUCUCUAUCAGAGGCAGCAACUACCCAUGACGUAUGACCAGCUGGUGUACUCCCAGAAGAAACAGCAAGCCUCCAUGCAGGAUAAAGACAUAGUCGGUCGGAGGCCGGUGCAGUCUGCAGACAUGGACUGGCGCAAGUGUCAACAGACCCUUCAGGAACUAGAGGAGGUGCUGCAGCAGCUGGAGGUGCUUUUUUCCCUUAGCAGGGUGCCCCGUGUGCUGCUGCUAAUGGGUGGCUCCCUCAUCCUCCCCAAAGAGCUGUAUGAGAUCAACAUGGAGGCUCUGGUAUUGGCCGGUGGAGAUCAAUGUCUACGGGUGUCCUCAUGCUUAAGGCAACUCUUCCGCACUCUUUUUGUAUCUGACCUUUUGUUUGACAGCAGACCUGUUCGCUUAAUGCCCACCACAGUCUUGGCAUUGGCGCACAGGGAUUGCGGUGUAGGUUGGUUCCGACCUAAACUACAGUUUAAAGUGCCAACCCGUGUAAAGAACCAAAUUAUUGCUCUGUCUACUGACCCCAGCACCUGUGAGGAACAGAGGGCACAGGGGUCGGACUGGCAGGAUUAUGUGUGGUUUCAGGCGCCCAUGACUAUUAAGGGCAUUGGCAUCUGACCAAAAACAUUGGGGAGCACAUAGUCUGAGAUUGGAGUUUGUAUACUACAAUUACAUUUUAAUGGUGGGUUAAGUGAAUUUCAAACUUGAAUGUGGAAUUGAGCUGUCCAUGUUUUAAUGAAUUAUGAGUUUAUUUUCUACUUGUGAUUAAAAGUAUGCCACUUUAAAAAAAAAAAAGUUGGUUUAUUAACACAAGCAGUAUGGUGUUUGAUACCUUUUUGUUGUGUAGUCUUCUGAAAUACUGAAUGUGUUGUCUUGAGGCUUUAUGGCAUAAACUGUUUUGAGAACAUUGUUUAUAUUUAAGAAUGUUUUACAUUACUAAUUUUUAAGAACCUUAAACACGGAACAACACACGUAAUACAGUGCAAUAUAUUUUUAAUGAGCAUAACUUGAAAGAUAAUACAUUGUAUCGCUUUCUUUAAUCCAAUCUUUGGAUACAUUUGAGUGCCAGUAUCUGUGUAUAUGUUUACAUUUAUCAAAACCUGAAAAU